AUGUCGUUGAUCUUGGCACUCACUCUUGGCUUGCCAGCCCUCGGUCUGGGCGCCGCAGUCGCGGGGUCGGGCGCGGCUUAUACUGGGCCUUUGUUCACUCGCAGCGAUGUUUCAAUCCAAGAGGCUUCGUCGGAGGCGCUUGUGCAGUUACUACAAAACCCGCAGCCUGACCACUUCAAAAGCCCGGUCCGCGAGCGCAUCGCCGCCCAGCAGCUUGGCAAACGGCUCGAGACUGGCAGCGCGACUGUCAAUACUCUUUUCAGCGGCAUUUAUCCAACGGUAAAUCUCACCUGGGGUAACACAGACGGGUCGCCAGGACAGCAGUUUAUCAGCUUCAUUGAUACAGGUAGUUCGGAUACUUGGGUGGUUUCCACCGAUCUGCAGUGUGUAGAUAUCGAUACAAAGGUACCCUUGAGCCAGGACGCUUGUGGUUUCGGUCCACUCUACGAUUCAUCCACGGGCUCAUUCACGAAUAUUACAGAUGAGUCCUUCUCGAUCAGCUACUUCCCCGAAGGUGAAACACUGAAGGGUGAUAUGGGAUAUGCACCGAUCACACUGGGCGGCUUGACCGUUCCGAAGCAGCAGGUCGCGCUGGUCAACUAUGCAGCGUGGAUUGGUGAUGGCUCGUCCUCAGGACUGCUGGGACUUGGAUACCCUGCACUCACUUCGGCCAGGAACCGAACAUCGGGCCGCUAUGUUCAAUACGGGCCUUUGUUCACUAGCAUGGUGGAGCAGAGCAUUGUUUCGAAGGGCAUCUUCACCUUGGUCAUCGACAGAGUGCCCCAAGGAACGUCGCCUCUGGCGCCUGCGGGAUUGAUGGCGCUCGGUGGUCUGGUGCCCAAGACGUACUACGAGGCGCCAUUCACUAGCGUUCCUAUCGUACAAGAUGGAGGGGAAUAUACCUGGUACACGGUCGACGCGACGUUCAAGUACGGUGCCAACGGGUCCGUCACGGAUCUUGGAACGAGUGGUGCUUUCGAGACCAUUGUCGAUAGCGGUACAUCGCCCAACUUCAUUCCCACAGGAGCGGCAGAGGCACUGAAUGCGCAGUUCGACCCGCCCGCAGUAUACAAUGCAACGCUCGACUAUUACACCGUGGACUGCAAUGCGAAGGCACCUUAUGCAGCCUAUGUAAUCGGCGGUGUUGAGAUGCCAAUGGACCCCCAAGACAUGAUCGUGCGGAGUCUCAAUGGUCUACCGGGCUACGAGGAUGUUUGCUUCAGCGCAUUUGCUGAUGGUGGAGCGAACACAGCUGGCAACGUUUUCAUCAUCGGUGCAGUGUGGCAGAGGAGCUAUGUUGUGGCUUACGAUCAGGCUCGGAGUAUGAUGCACUUCGCGAAGAGAACGCCAUACUGA